AUGAUGUCAUCUGGUGGUUGGAUGCAAGAACCAAUGGAACCAAUUCCAGAAGAGGGUACAGAAGCCGAUGGAUCAGAAUGGGGUGGAACAAUUCAAUCAGAUUCGAAUAGCAAGAAAACAACGAGGAAAAAAGAAGUUUAUACGUCGGAACAAAUUAACACACUUGUUAGGUUGGUUAUUUUUGUUUUUCUCCAAAAAAAAUGCUUCUGAAUUUUUCUCACCAUUUUCCGAAAACAUGUAGAUCAAGCUUUUCUAAACUUUAGCCUCAGAAUUCCACGUGUCAUACAGUUUUUCAUCUCUGCGUAUCCUUUUUCUCACACUCUCUCGCUUCCUUUUUUGUUUUGUUUUUGUACCGAAACGAAACUAUUUGCCUAUAUGAUUAAGUGUACUUUUUGACCUAAAAACUAAGUAUUCCUCAAAUCAUUUAAGGACAUACCUAGAAAUUAGCCGAAAUUUCCUUCCUUUUUCGCGCCCCAACAAAAUCUGGUUAUUUUUUCGAAAUACAAAAAAAACGAAGGAUAAAAGGAGAUUUUCGGCCAGUCGUUUUUUGUUUUGUUUUACAAAGUGGUAUUGUUUUUUGGUUGUAUUCAUAGAUAUUAUUCACAAGUAUGAUAGAUAGUGAAGAGGUUCUUUUUGUUCCGAAAAAACUGGAUGAUGCACCUUUUUGACGUAUUCGGAAAAUGUUAGGAAAAUGAACACACCCUUUCCGGGUUUUAUGGGGCAUAAAGUUUUGAGGCGCAAAAAUUCAUUUUGUUUGUGGGUGUUGGGAAAAAACUCAUUUUCCAGAAUAAGUUUAGAACUUUUUAGAAAUGAGAAAAUGAGUGAAGUUUUGUUUUUCACAGUAGUUUUGGUGGCAUUUUUCUGUUGAAAUUUUAAAUUUUCGAGAGGGAAGAGUUUUCGGUAGGAAAAUUUACACGCUGUGAAUUCUGCUCCAAUUUUUUCCCGCCAAAAUUCCCCGAUUCAAAAAUUCGUUCAUGAUGUCAUUGAUAAAAUCUGACCCAGUGCAAUGUAAUAAAAAAUGACUCAUUUUCUCAAAAACCCAUAUUUUCUCCUUUUUUUAUUCAUUUAUUUAUUGUCUCUUCUUCUUCUUUUUUUGGUCUCAUUGUUAUACAAAUAAAACAAAAAGUAUGCAUUAUCAUUCGAAAAUGACACCUUUUUUCUCUUCUUUUACUAUAACGGAAUGGCCAAAAGAAUAAAACCAUUUGGCUAUUUGCCAGACCUGUCUUUUUUCUCUGCGCUCUCCUAUUUUCCCACACUCUCUCCUCUCGUUUUUCUUAUUUUUUCUCUGCGCCUCUCUGUGUUUUUUUCUAAUAGUUUUUUAUUCGGAGGUGUUUUUUGCUUGUGAAUUUUGGAUUUUAUUGAUUUUUUCGGUGUUUGCUCAAUGUUUUUUCUUUGACACGUCGGUUAAAUUUUGGGUGAGGGAAUUUUAGGAUUUGUUGUGUGGGAAUUUCUGUAGAGUUUUGACCCGAAAUUAAUUAUUUUUUAAAAGGUUCUUCGGAACUCCCACAGAAAUUCGGAAUAUCAGCAGAUAUUGGUGAUAGUAUUCAAAAUUUCAGAAUUUUUCUGGAACUUUUGGGAUUUUUUGAAACUUGUAAUAUAUGAGAUCAACUUUUUCUUUCAUUUCAUCUAUAAAUUUUGAUUUUCCCGAAGAUUUCAAGUUUCAAAAAUUCCCAAUAGUUCUAGAAAAACUCUGAAAUUUUCAAUUUUAGUGCCAAUUUAUUUCGACAUUCCAAAUUUUUCUGAGAUUAUCUGGGACUUUUUUCAUGUUUUAAAAUUUCGAACAAUUCUUUCCAAAACUUUUAAAAGCUUCUCUUUCUCUUGUUUUCUAAUCCACGAAAACUCUCUCUUCUCAUUUUUUCGCGCCAAAAAAACUCCGAAAAUUUUCUCACACUCUUCUUUUUUUUCCCGGCCAAAAAAAUUAAAUUAAACAUGUGUUUUAUCUCCAAGUUUUUUUGUUACACACAACAAAUUCUUGUCAAAAACAUUUUUUCUUCUCCCCAAAAAAAACUUUUUUUGCAGCACCGUCCCAAAAGAAAGUGUGCCGCCCGAGUGGUUGGUGGAGAAUCAAGUCGUUGAUCCCGAGUAAGUUUGGAGUUAGGCUAUCUCGAAAUAAUCCCAAAUUUUCUAGCAUGGCCACGUCAUAUCUAACGGAAUCAUUGGCUGGCCCAACAAGUGCUCGAGGUUCUUCAUUUUCGUAUUCUUAUGAGAGUCAUUAUGAUAAUCCGCCCGAAGAAGAAUACCAGCAAAUUGUGAAUGAGGAUGGUGUACAUCAAAUGCAAAAGGUGAGUAUUUUUGGGGCGGACAAAAUUUUUUCACGGGGGUAUUCAUUUAUUUUUAGAAUUCGAUUUUGAAUAUCAAAUUUAUGAGCCAAAAGCAACCUCAGGAUUUUUUCAUAUUUAAAAUUUGGGCUGUCCUAUUUUGAGAAUAUCUGAAAUCGAAUCAGGGUGGCCAUGUUCUUAAUAGGAAUCGGACCAGGUUCGAUUUUUUGUGAAUUCUGAGCAAAUAUAGAAAAUGCUGAGGUUGGCUCAUUAAUUUGAUAUUCAACAUUGAAUUCUAAAAAUAAAUGAAUAACCCCAUCGAGUUCGAUUAAUCGGGCCUCGCUCAAUUUCUUGGUUCCGAUUCAAAAUUUCAAUUAUUCUGAACAUUUUGUCCCAAAAAAUAAUUAUUUAUCGAACUAUUUUCUGCAAACCUAUAUCAAUUUCCUGCAAACCCUAAAAAAACAAAACAAAAUCAUUUUUUCCAGUGAUAAAAACCCGUUCUAUCCUAUCACUUUCUCCCAUUCUACCCAAUUUUGCAUCCCAUCCAUUCCCACUCAUUUUUUGUCUCAUCUCGCGCGCAAUUUUAUAGGUUACCCGUGUGACAAAAGUGACGACAACUCGAUCGGUUCGCCAAAUUCCCGUGCAUUCACCCUACUCGAAUAUCGAUUUCGAUUCAUCCGGUUUGCCGACACCAAUGGAUGGUGCUGCACAAAUCGGCUCCGAUCAUGAAGAUCGACACGCUCCACCACCGGCGCCGAGUUCAUUUCGAUAUUCGGGCGAAGGCGAUGUUCCAGGUGCACCCGGUGUUCCGGAUAUUGUUGAUGUUGGUGUUGGUGAAGUGACAGUGGUUUGGAGUGCGCCACAUCAUAGGAAUGGUGAUGCGAUUUGUAGAGGAUAUCAAUUACAAAUGAAAGAAAUGCCUGAUGGAGAAUGGGAAGAUAUGGGAGUCGAUCAAUUGAUUAAGGAUACAUCGUGUAGAGGUGAGCUCAUUUUUGAAGGGGCUAGGGGCGAUAAGUUUCUUGUCAUCUAGAAGUUUGUGAUCAGCGUGGUCGAUUUAUUAUAUUUCACUAUCUUUUAUCAGAAAUUUAUUUGGUGACCUUGUUACUCAGACAAAUUAAAACAUCUGGAACGAUUGACCGACGUUUUUUUUUAGUUUUUAGGGUUUUUUUUGACACGCGUCUUACAAUGAAAAAUUAUUUAGAUUUAUCUAAAACAAAAUUCUGAUCAUUCCCUUUUUGACUCAUGAUUUUUCCUCACCCCAUCCUCAGCAUUCAAAUACAUAUUUUGGUGCCAAAGUCACCGGCCCAUGAGAAAGUGCAAAAAGUAAUAUGAUUCACUUAAGAAUGUUUUUUAUGAGUCACAUUUGCAUCGGGCGCCUUUGUACAACAUUAAAAUCAUAAUAAUUUUAUUUGUUUUGUAUAUUCUUUAGUAUUCUUUUUUUCUGGCUGGCUACUAGUUUUUUGGCGUCUCGUUUCCUAUCUGACCUUUUCCCACCAUUGGCGCCAUUUUCUUUCAAGUGCAUAUUUUCAUUAAUCAACUUGUCAAAAAAGUCAAGUACAACAAAUUGUUCGCGUAUUGUUGUUCUCAUCUUGGUAAAUCUGACCUUGUAUUUUCUCGGACGCAAAAAAGUCCCCCCGCUGGUCUUUUUUCUUUUAUUCAUUUAUUUAUUUAUUCCAUCCAUCCAUUUUUAUUUUUGAUAUUAUUUUAUUUUACCCAUCUCCGUCGAACAUCUUUUUGAAAAACACACAAAGUGUGUCAAAAUUGUCUCGAAGAUUAGAAUCUCUAACACAUCUUUCCACUCCCGGUGUAGCAAAAUUUCAUUAUUUUCUACAUAACCCUAAAAUUCUUAUAUUAAAAUGAUCAUUAAGUUUUCUCGAAUUUCUACUGAAUCUGAUGUUUAUUCUGAAACUUAUUCUUGUGACGAAGAAGAAGGUCCCUAUACUUUUUGGUGUUCAAAGGGAGCUUGAAAUCGGGAUUUUUUAGAAAAUAUUUUUUCUGGUAGUUUUUAACCAACUGAUUUUGAGCCCGUUGUCAAAAAUUUCAAAACUCAACUCCGAAUAUGAGUUAUGACGUGGCAAAGUUGAAAUUUUCAAAAUUUACCACAUAACUCAUAUUAGCAGUUGAGCAAGUCGAAAACUACCAGAAAACAUUAUAUCGAAAUUCUAGUUGAAACAGUCCCCUUUUUUAAAAUUUUCAAAAAAAAAUCAAUAUUUUUUUAGUUACCAACCUGACGUCGAACGAAGUACAAUUUCGAGUUUCGGCGUAUGGUCGAACUGGUUUCGGACCGCCGUCGAAUCCAUCAUCCACUGUCAAAAUUCCAAUAAGUGAAGCCGAUAUUGCAACCUGUAAGUUUUUUUCUAUUUUUGUGGCGAGCCUAUACGUGAGAAAAGUUUGCCACGUGGAUUUUUUGCGCCCGCCGAAAACCGGAAAACUCGUAAAAAUCACCCAACCUGACACCUUUUUUUCUGAUAAGAUCUCUUUUGGUCAUAAAAUUAUUACUGUUUAGAUAUUUUCAUUAAUAAAAAGGUUAAUGGGUUUUUCUGAAGGUCAAUAACAAAUUUAUAACCUUUUUGAAUUUGGCGGCGGCGAAAUCCACGUGGCAAACAAAAUUGUGAAUUCAAAAAUUUAUCUGAAAAUCGCACUAAACAACGGGCAACGCGCGGAGUGUCGUUGUUUUAUUUUUAUUUUUUUCGUUUCGCUUCAGAAUUGUUUUUUUUUUCAGCCGCUGGUGCUCCGUUGGCUCCUGGUCGACCUGUUGUAAUUGCUGUUGAUGGUCAAGGUGCACUUAUUGAAUGGACUGCACCAGUUGCAGAUGUGAAUGCUUCUCCGCCACAAGGUUAUCAAAUAGAAUAUCGAGUUUAUGGAAGUCGCGAUUGGAUUGUGGCAAAUGAUGAUUCGCUAAUCAACGAUACAAUGUAUACAGUGGAAAAUCUUCGACCAAAUGGCGUCUACGAAUUUCGGGUACGCGGAAAGAAUGCGGAUGGUUUGGGACAGCCUAGUAUUUCGUCGGGAGCUGUUGCAAUUCGACCGGCUGCACCACAACGAUCAACACCUGCAAGACCAGUAUCAUCGAGUAUUCCACCACCCGGACAACCACAAAUGGUUGAAGCUGGAGACGAUUGGGUUAAACUAGAAUGGUCGCCUGCUGGAGAUGAUUGCGGAUAUGUUGUGGAAUAUCGAGAAGUUGGAGAUCCUUCGUGGCAUACCGCGAAUUAUGAUCCGAUUAUUCAAAAUGGAAUUCAAGUGGAAGGUCUUCGCCGAAACUCAACUUACGAAUUCUGUGUUACCUCAAUAAUCAAUGAUCAGUCUUCAAUCCCAUCGGAAACUUCAGAUGUCAUCCAACUUCGUCCAAUGGGUCGAGCAUCGAGUCUCCGAGUGGCCCCCGAAAUGACCCAAGCUCCCGAAUUUUUCGACAUCGAUGGCGACAAAAUCACAAUUUGCUGGCUACCAGCUCAUAGCACAUUACCAGUUAUGGGUUAUGACGUGGAAUUUCGCGAUCUACAACAAGAUGAUCGAUGGUAUAAAGUGAAUGAUCAACCGGUUUUCGCGUGCAAAAUGACUGUUGGUGAUUUGAUUUUCGAUCACAAUUAUCAAUUUCGAGUUUUGGCUCAUAACGCGGCUGGAUGUUCUGCGCCUUCCCCACCUACUACUUUCGUGCAUAUUCAACCAAAUACAUCAAAUGGAUAUGCGACUGCAAAUACUGUGAAAUAUGUAGAAGCGGAAAGAUUUGGAGCUGUUCCGUUGUUACAAGAAGAAAUAGUUAGAGAAAGUCCACCGUUGCCAGAUCGAGAUGAUUCACCGCCGCCGCUUAGAAGAGCUAAUAAUAAUGGUGAGUGAAAGAUUGAAAUUAAUUUUAUUCAUAAAAAUAGUUUUCAGUACAAUGGCGAGAUCCAUCGUUGAAAGAAGUCAUUGAAUAUUUGUCAUCAACUGACAAGGAUAAACAAUUAAAUGCUAGCGGAUAUUUACAACAUCUUACGUAUAGUGAUAAUUUGAUCAAAGAGGAGACCAGGUAUGUAUUUUUUAAGAAUUCACAUUUUUCUGUAUAUUUCCCUGUGUUUUUUACAGGUUUUCAAAAUCCCUCAAAAAAUACGUUUCAAUAAUAUUUCUUCUCAAUUUUUAGUGCAUUGAAAAUAUAAGAGGCUUUAAUUUUCAUUAUUCGGAUAACUUCAUCAAAUUUUUUGAAAAUAGUUUAAUCCUUGUACAAUUGUCAUCGAGCAUUUAAAAUCUACAAAAUAAACGUACAUUCUAAAAUUAUGUACAAAAAUUCGAACAAAUAUAAAAAAAAUCUUUAAAAAAUUUCAAAUCCAAUUUUUUCACUUGCUUCAAUGUUUUUAUUUUGUAUUAAGUUCAAAUGUUUUUAAUAAGGAGGAUUUAUAAACUUGAUGUUGGGGAACAAAGAGAUUUAACAACAAAAUAAAAUGUAAACUUUCCAGGAAACCCCGAAAAAUGUACAUUUUUAAAAUAAAUGUUUCAUGAAAACAUCUAGAAAAAAUGUACAUUUUUAGGAAAUCCCCGAAAAAUUGACAUUUUGCGUGAAAAAUUUUUCCAAAAAAAUGUGCAUUUUUCAGGGUUCUCUUAAAAAUUUACUUUUUUAUUUUCACGUCAAAUUGCAGACAUGGAAAAAAUCUUCUUUUUAUUGGUAUUUUGAGAAGCAGAAAUGAAAUAAUCGAGAGAGUCCGAACUGAUUCGCGUGUAGAUAAAAAUGUAGGGCAUCACGCUCAAUGAAAACAUUCAUUUCCCAGAAACAGUUUCAUAAGAAACGGAAAGGGAAUAUUCGUUUUCUCGUGACCCCUCAUCUUUUUUUUUGUCGAAAAAUGUACAUUUUUAGGAAAUCCUCAAAAAAUUUACAUUUUCACGUUGAUUAUUUCUUCCAAAAUGUGCAUUUUUUGGGAUUUCCUGAAAAAUUUACAUUUUUUCUACCCUCUUUUUAAUUAAUUUAAAUCAUAGUCUUUUAUUUGAAUCAUAGUCUUUUAUUUGGAAGCUUUUGACUGGAAUUUUUUUGAUGUGGAAGCUUUUGAGAAAGAGAAAAAACUAUUUUUGCAAAAAUAAUAUACAUUUGAAAAAUUUGUAUUUUUUUUUUGGUUAUUAUCAAAAUUUGAUUAUUUUUUGAACAUGUACAGUUUUCGGGAAGAAUUUGAAAAUAUUUGUUUCUAAAUAAAAAUAAUGAAAAUGAAAGCCUCUUAUAUUAAAUACGUUCUUGUCGGCAAUUGAUUAAAAAUCUCAAAACAGUAGGUCCCCUGUUGACAAAACUAACCAAUUCGACCGUUCUGAAAACGAUUCUGAAGUCGAAAAGUAUUACUUCGGUCAUUUUGAGCACAUACGAAGCUCCAAACUUGAGAAAACAACUGAAAACACUUUAAUUUCAGAGAAUAUGGUGGAAUUCCGAAACUCAUCGCUCUUCUCAAAAGCGACAAUCCAAGAAUUCAGAAAAACGCUUGUGCUUGCCUCAAAAAUUUGAGUUAUGGAAAAGAAAAUGAUGCGAAUAAAAUGGCUGUUCUCGAAUCGGAUGGUGUAAAAGGACUUGCUGAAGUUCUUCGAAAAACUCACGAUUCUUCUGUGAAAGAUGAAGCGACUGCAGCAUUAUGGAAUUUGAGUUCGGCUGAUAUGUUGAAACCGGUGAUUUUGGAUGCAGCAACUGAUAUUUUAUCGCAACAAGUUCUCAAUGUUCCUGUGGCUCAUUUAAAUGGUGGAGCAACGAAUGGACAUGGAAAUGGGAAUGGGAAUCCAGCAACACGUGAAAACUUCCAUACUUUAUAUAAAAAUUCGACGGGAGUUUUGAGAAAUAUCUCGGCGGCUUCGCAACAAGCAAGAAGACGAUUGAGAGAUGUUCCGAAUCUAAUUGAAGCGCUUGUUGAUUAUUUGACAACUGCAAUUCAAAAAGGACAAGUUGAUUCGCCGACGGUGGAAAAUGUUGUGUGUCUUUUGAGAAAUUUGAGUUAUCGGAUACAAGAAGUUGUUGAUCCGAAUUAUGAUCCCGCAACUGCACAUUCAUCGUCAUCGAAGAAAAUCGCUGCUUCACCAAAACCAUCGAAAAAAGAAAAGGAAUCGAAGAAAAAGGAUAAAUCGAAAGGACCGAAAAAUAUAAUAACUGGACCGGCUGUUCUUUGGCAACCGCAUAUUGUCAAAUUAUAUUUGAAACUCCUCCAAGAUAGUUCGAAUAUUGAUACUUUGGAAGCAUCAGCUGGAGCCAUUCAGAAUCUAGCAGCUUGUCAAUUUCCACCAUCGGCUGAAGUUCGAGCUGCAGUUCGAGUUGAAAAAGGUCUACCUGUUCUAGUGGAAUUGAUUCGAUUGCCAGAAGAUUUUGUUGUUUGUGCGGUUGCAACUGCUUUGAGGAAUUUAUCGAUUGAUCCGAGAAAUCGAGAAUUGAUUGGAAAAUAUGCACUUCGUGAUUUGUUGGAGAAAUUACCUGAACCUGGAUCGAGAAGAAUUCCGGUUUCUGAUCAAACAAUUGGAGCGAUUCUUGGAAUUCUUUUUGAAAUUGUGAGAUCGAGUUCGGCUUAUACGAAAGAUGUUCAUGAAUUGAAAGGUUAGAAUUUUGAAAUUGAAAAUACGUGUCAAAAUUCAGUAUUUUUAUAAACAUUUUUGCCACGUGGCCUAAAUUUUUCAUGAAAUUUUUUGAAUCUAAAUUUGCAAUAAUUUAUACCAAAAAAUUAUGAAGUUUUAAUUUUUUUUCAUAAUUUCAAAAUUAAAAAAAUAUUUUUAACGUGCCCUGUGACGUGGAAGCACGAAAUUCAUUUCAAAAAUUUCAAAAUUUCAAUUUGUUCCAGGAACCGACAAACUUCGUUCACUUUCUCGUUCAUAUCCAACCUAUUCUCACCGAGUUUGCAAAUAUGCUUCACAAGUUCUUUAUAUGAUGUGGCAACACAAAGAUCUACACGAUGGUUUCAAACGAAGUGGCCUCAAAGAAGCUGAUUUCUAUUCUGGAACUGCAAGACGUGGCGAUUCUUCGACACUUGCUCGACCAAUUUCAUCACAAGGUCGCGAAAGACCUGCGCCUCCAAUUGCGGCCGCGAAUUUGGAUGAAACUUUGAGCAGUGGAAAUGGUUAUGGAACUUAUAUGGAUACUAGUUCUACGAAUAUGAGAAAUCGACCCCCAUCUGCAACAUCACAAACUAUUCAACGACGAUAUGACAAUAAUCAUCAACAACCACUUUAUGCGUCGGUGCGGAAGAAUUCCGCGAAUAAUUCGCCACGUGGCGUCGAUGAUAGUUGGGUUUAA